CCUCUACAGGAUUUGAAGAAGAAACCAAAGUAUCUCGUAACUUUUACAGUUGGGUUUGAGCAGAGGAACAAUAUAAAUGCAGCUGUUAAGAAGUUUUCUGAAGAUUUCCAAAUCCUGCUGUUCCAUUAUGACGGCCGGACAACUGAAUGGGACCAGUUUGAGUGGUCAAAAAAAGCGAUACAUAUCAGUGCAAAAAAACAAACAAAAUGGUGGUAUGCAAAGAGAUUUUUGCAUCCUGAUGUUGUUUCAGCUUAUGAGUAUAUAUUAAUAUGGGAUGAAGAUCUUGGGGUCGAGCACUUCAAUGCAGAUAGGUACAUUGAGUUAGUUAAGAAGCAUGGUUUGGAGAUUUCUCAACCAGGGUUAGAGCCAAACAACGGACUUACAUGGGAAAUGACAAAGAGGAGAGGUGACCGAGAUGUCCACAAAGAAACAAAAGAAAAACCAGGAUGGUGCAGCCGCAAACAUUUACCUCCAUGUGCUGCGUUUGUUGAGAUUAUGGCACCCGUAUUUUCUAGAGAAGCAUGGCGAUGUGUAUGGCAUAUGAUUCAGAAUGAUCUUGUUCAUGGAUGGGGUCUUGAUUUUGCUCUGAGACGAUGCGUUGAGCCUGCUCAUGAGAAGAUAGGUGUGGUAGAUUCACAAUGGAUUAUCCAUCAAGUGAUUCCUUCCCUUGGUAGUCAGGGUGAGUCGGAAAAGGGGAAAUCUCCAUGGCAAGGGGUGAGAGAGAGAUGCAGAAACGAAUGGACGAUGUUCCAGGACCGCGUAGCAGAAGCAGAUAAAGCGUAUAUGGAACAACACAAAGUAAGAGAAUAAUUGGAGCCUCUACUUACUCUGUGUCUGUAAAUGAAGCUUUCGUUUCCAUGACAAGUGAGUUUGAGGAGAGAGUUCUCUUAGUUUUAAACCUCUCAGAUAUAUAUAGCUUUUAUAAUAUUGUCUUGUUCAAUGAUCAUGAAACUAGUAAUGAUAUUUCUUGGUUAGAUGCAAAUAUAUCUUUUGAGGACA